UUAUACGAACUUGGACCGAAUAGCCAAGUAAAUAUAUAAUAUUAAUAAACUAAACACAAAUUUAAUAUCUUUGGGGGAUAAGAAUUAUCUAGAUGACUUGCAUACUUUGCAUGGAGCACUAUAUAUAGAAGAAUGUUAACACAUGAUCCUACCGACAUUAAUGUUUACUAAUCAGAAAAUCAAAAGGACAAUUGGAAAAGAUUAAUAGCAAAUGGGUUCUUUAAUGUCAGGAUGGGACUCUCGAGUAAGGGAUCCCAAAUCAGUGAGAAGGUGCAAGUCGCUCACAAGAGAAGAAAUCGACACUUUUUGGAAAACGAAGAAGAAGAAUGAAGAAGAAGAACAUGUUCAAGCCUUUUCCAAGUUGGUAACUCAGGAAGGUGCACAAAGCCAAGCGAAAGAGAAGAAGAGUGUAGAUGAUCUUUUUGAGAACCAAAGCAAGAGUAGUGGAUGGUGGAGAAAAACCUACUGGGCGUUCUUGAAUGAGCCGAGGGAGGAAGAGGGUCGACCGAACAACUACGUGUCGCAAUUCAAAGUUGCUCACAUCGCCAAAAUUGCGGGCUCGUAAUGACGCUAUAAUCACCGGCUAAUCACAUAUAUAUCUCGUGUGAAAUGCGAUUAGUCGUCUGCCGUUGUGGUUUAAUCACCGGCUAAUCACAUAUAUAGUAUGUUGGCCGUGUUAGUAUGUGAAUGUGUGAGUAGAGCAUGUAACAAAGGGUGUACGAUUUUAAUGUAAGAAUGUGUUUUACUUUAUAUGUGUCAUGUAUGUAUUUUUUUGGUUGUGUGAGGGUGUAAUUUACUUUUCAAUGGAUCUUCUUAAGUCUUUUCCUUGAUGAAAUAGCGUGUGCUUAUGAAUUACGGGAGUCUUGUGCAUGAUAAAAAAACAAAGAUCAAUAAUAGGUGAUCAUGAAGACUUUUCUGUUUGUUGUUU